AUGAGCGUAGUCCCUCGAGAUGAUUCAUUACCGCCGAACGAGGACGUUGGUCCAAUCUCCUUUUCUCUCGCCCUCGCCCUGACAAUCUUCCUCGUCAUCACGACCGGCCUCCGAUUAUGGGCGCGAUCAGCGAACCGGAAGCUAGGAUGGGACGACCUGACCAUUGCUCUCGCAGGGGCAACGGCAAUUAUACGGUUUGCCUUCGUCGUCUUGCAGUGGAAACGCGGAAAUGGCAGACACCGAGUCUAUCUCAGCGAUCAUGACUACAUGAUAAUCAACAUGUACGGCUGGUGGGGACAGAUGCUGCUCUUCAUCUCUGUGGCGUUCUUGAAGGUGUCAAUCUGUCUCCUAAUCCUUCGCAUCAAAGAUAGCAAGGUUCUAAAGUGCUUGCUGCACGUCAUUAUGGCUGGUGUACUCAUUACAAACUUCGGGGUCGUGAUCAUUUUGAUAGCUGAGUGUCAGCCUAUUGGUUUCUGGAGGGGCAAGUCAGCCGUGUGCUGGCCAACACACAUCCGCAUUUACUUCAUCUAUGCGACGAUUGCAUACUCCGUCUUGACGGACCUCAUCUGCUCACUACUUCCCCUUGUGGUGAUUUGGAACGUAAAGAUCCCUCGACGGACAAAGAUAUCAGUCUGUUGCUUGAUGGGACUAGGCCUUGUGGCGACCGGGUUUGGAGUUGCCAGAGCAGCUUCACUGGGAAUCUCCACCUCUGAUUUGAGCUGGGCGUACUGUAUCGCCGGUAUCUGGUCGAACCUCGAACUGUUCCUGGGUAUCAUCGCCGCAAAUCUCGCUCUUUCGAGGUCCAUCUACGUCUACUUCCUCGGUAACGGUGACGCGCAACAGACACUUCCGGGAUCAACGGGCAGAUGUGAUCCAUUGCAGUCGGGGUAUCUCGAUAGCAAUCUCCGAGGUGACCGCUUCGAAGUGCCUUCGACGAUGAUUGGGUCACCUCGUCGAAGAGGGUCGGAGACGAGGAGCUCGGAUAGUGAUAUCCUGCUGAAACUAGGCAUCCAGAAAAAGACUGAAUUUUGGUGGACAGAGGACGACGAAGGUCAGCCGCAGAAACAAUCUCCGUGA